AUGAAUCACAUAACCUCCCCCAACGAGCCGUUCCCGACCCCCUCCGCCCUCGCCGCGGCCACGACAACCCACACCCAGCGCAACUUUCGCGUCGCCUCCCGCAAGCUCCCCAUCUCCAAGGCCGGCCCCAUCGACGAGAUGACGGCCUCGCUCGGAAUUCCCGUCCCCGAAAUGAUCUUUGGCGACAACCUCGUCUCCGUCUCCCACGUACCGACGGGCUGGUCGAUCUCCUUCAACGCCUACGACGCUCUCGACGCUGUCGACAAGACGGACAAAAAGAUGCUCAAGGUUGCCUACGCCCGGGAUUGGUCGUCCAGCAGGGAAAAGACGAGCGCGGGCAUCAAGGAGGUUGUCAAACCCUAUGACUGGUCUUACUCGACCGAGUACCGCGGCUCGCUGAGGGAGCCCGACGACGCCCGGGAGGGACAUCACAGACUCGAGGACACGGCGACGCGGCAGAUCCCGCUUGAGCUGCUCAAGCGAAGGGACCCGAUUCUCUUCUUCGACGACGUCGUGCUCUUCGAGAGCGAGCUCGAUGACAACGGCAUCUCCAUCGUCAGCGUCAAAGUCCGCGUCCACGAGAAGCGCAUGCUGCUGCUGUGCCGACUGUUCAUGCGUCUCGACAACGUCAUUGUGCGCAUCCGGGACACGAGGGUCUACGCCGACUUCGAAACGGACGAGGUCAUCCGGGAGUACACGGCCAAGGAGGACAGCUUCGACAGCGUCAAGCGAUCACUGUUCAUGGAGGGUCGAUUGCCGGACGACACUACCAUCGCGUUGCGGGACCCGAACCUGCUUUACAAUCUACUGCCGACGGUCGAGCAGACGGUACAGAGCGUUUCCCUCAAGCAGUAA